AUGGACUACAUGCGGUUAGUGGAGCACAGAAAUGUUCGAUUUCAAAAUAAAAUAGUUUUGUCCAAUUCAAAUGAGAAGCAGUGGCCCAGAGGAGAAAGUCCUAAGCCCAAAGCGGAAAGUUCGAGUAGGAGUCAGAAGGGUGUUGAGUCAGCAACAAGCCGGAUAUGUUACAACUGUGGAUCCAGAACGCACAUUGCGCCAAGUUGUCCCAGUCCAGUAAGACCAAAAGGAGCAUGCUACGGUUGCGGUUCAACAGCACAUCAGCGAUCAGCGUGUCCGGAACGUGAUCAGAAAAAUAGGAAUGACACAAAUGAAGAAUCUCGGCGACAGAACGAGCGGCAACAUAGUGGAUCAGCAGGAGAGAUCAGACUGUUAGAGCCAGCAUAUAAUGUAAGGGUAAGUAUAAUAUUAUGUAAGGAGACUGUUACUGUUAAUGCAUUGGUAGAUAGUGGUAGCCCAAUUUCUUUGAUUAAGUCUCAUCUUAUCCGGACUAGUGAACGAAAACCGUUUAAUAAUGAUAUUUUUAUUUCGGGUAUCAACGGGUCUCAAUUGAGUAUUGAAGCGGUCACUGAUGCUACGGUUUUAUUAGUUGAUUAUGAUUUAAAUAAGAAACAAAUAUUUUAUGUGGUAGAUGAUCAGACUAUGUUAUCCGAAUGUUUAUUGGGUAGAGAUUUUAUUAAGGGGAUGAAUAUUUGGUUUGGUGAAGAUGGUAGGAUUAUGGUAAAUUCGAAGCAAGAACAGUGUAAUGGUAAUGACUUUUUGGUUGACUUAGGGUUAAUAGAGUAUGAGUUGGAAGAUGAGGUGGAGUUGAACAUAGGUGAGGUAUCAUAUAGUGAUAGAUGUAAGUUAAAAAAAAUAUAUGAUAACUGUUACUCAAAAGGGUUAAAGCCAGAGUCUCCUGAGAUAAACUACGAAGUUAAUAUAAGUUUGAAAGACCACACUCCUUUUAAUUACCAACCUCGACGACUAUCAUAUGUAGAGAGGAACGCAGUGAAGGAUAUAAUUUGUGAGUUAUUAGAUAAAGGUAUUAUAAAGGAAAGUAAAUCUGAAUUCUGUUCACCCAUAGUAUUAGUCAAAAAGAAAGAUAAUACAUAUCGAAUGUGUGAGGAUUUGAGAGAAUUACCCGAUUCCACAUAUAGAUGA